AUGGCUGCUGAACUAGGUAGCGCUACAGUUUCUGGCGUUGCAUCAAAAGCUGCCGAGUCAGCGUUUGAUUCCAUUGGGCAGCAUAUAUCUUAUUUGUUUAAGUACCAGAGCUACAUUGAUGAUCUCAAGAAUCGAGUUGUGGAUCUGGGAAAUGCAAGAGAGAGGGUGGAACAUCAAGUUGAUGAAGCUAAAAGACGAGGGGAAUCAAUUGAAAAGGAAGUGGAGCUAUGGCUUGAAAGAGUAAAUGAGUUCACUGAAGGGGUUGUAAAACCCAUAACUGGUGGUGAAGAUAAAGCAAAGAAGCGUUGUUUCAUAGGGUUGUGUCCUAAUUUGAUUCAGCGUUACAUGCUUGGCAAGAAGGCAGCAAAAGCGUUACCAGGUGGUGAGUAUCUCUCGGGAAAGGGGAACUUCAGUAGUGUUUCCUACCGUCCUCCAAUACAGAAGACAGGAUCCGUUUAUAUUAGAGGCUACGAGGCCUUUAAUUCUCGGAAGAAAGUUCUACAGGAAAUUAUGGAAGCAUUGAAGGAUGCUAAUGUUGACAUGGUUGGGGUGUACGGGAUGCCUGGUGUGGGCAAAACUACAUUGGUGAAAAAAGUAGCUUGGCAGGCCAAGGACGAUAAGUUAUUUGAUGAGGUGGUCAUUACUACUGUAACACAGACACCAGACAUUAAAAUAAUCCAAGGAGAAAUUGCUGAUCAAUUAGGCCUAACAUUUCGUGACGAGAGUGUAUCGGGAAGAUCUCAUCGGCUACGUGACAGGUUGAAGAGGGAGAAGAGGAUUCUAGUAAUAUUAGAUGAUAUAUGGGCCAAACUUGACUUGGAUGCUGUUGGAAUUCCUUAUGGAGAUGUUCAUAGGGGGAUUGGCCAAGGAAAAGGAGAUUGUAAAGAUAGAAAAGAUGAUGAGAGGCGAUACAAGAUAUUGCUUACGUCUAGAGCUCAACAUGUAUUAUGCAAUCAUAUGAAUAUUCGAAAGAACUUCUUGGUUGAUCUUCCAUCGGAUGAAGAAGCAUGGUCUUUGUUUCGAAAGAUUGUGGGCGAUUCUGUUGAAACUUCUGGUUUUCGAACUAUAGCCGCAGAGCUGGUCAGGAAAUGUGAACGUUUACCGAUUGCUAUUGAAACGGUAGCAAAGGCUCUAAAAAGUCAGAGUCUUCCAAUUUGGGAGGAUGCCUUGCGUCAACUUACAAGGUCUAAUCCCAGGCACAUUGAAGGAAUCGUUAAAAAUAUUGGUUCAAUUAUAGAAUUGAGCUACAAUUUUUUGGAAAGUGAGGAAAAAUCACUAUUUCUUCUCUGUGGUUUGUUUAAUGCAAGUCGUGGUAUAGUCAUUAAAGACUUAUUAAAAUAUAGUAUGGGUUUGGAUUUGUUUCGAGAUGUUUGUACCGUUGAAGAUGGAAGAAAUAGAUUGAUUACGUUGAUCCAUAAUCUCAAAGCUUCAUCUUUGUUGUUGGAUGGUAUCACCAAUGAUUCCGUUAAAAUGCAUGACAUCAUUCAGGCUGUUGCUAUAUCAAUUGCAUACUUAGAUAAAGACACGCCUCAGUUUACUAUUAAAAAUGCUGGUGAUUUGAAAGAAGUGCUGGAGGAAAAAAUACCCAAAACUUCAACUGCUAUAACUUUGCCCUAUGGAGAUAUUGGUGAUGAGCUUCCUCAGAGUUUGGAAUAUCCGAAACUCAAGUUGUUUUAUCUAUUAAGCCGAAAUCACUCUCUACAAAUCCCAGACCUCUUAUUCCAAGGGAUGAAAGAACUUGAAGUUUUGGAUUUGACUGGAAUUCGUUUCCGGCCACUUCCUUCCUCACUCUGCUGCCUAAAAAACCUUCAAACACUCUGUUUGGAUCAGUGCCUACUAGAAGAUAUAGCCAUAGUUGGAGAGCUGAAGAAGUUAGAAAUUCUUAGCCUGCUUUAUUCUGACAUAGAAAAGUUGCCUGGAGAAAUUGGACAAUUGACUCGGUUGAAGAUGCUAGAUUUGACCAGUUGUUCAAAAUUGAAAGUAAUUGCACCAAAUGUCAUUUCAAGCCUUUCCCGAUUAGAAGAACUAUAUAUGGGCAAUAGUUUCUCUCAUUGGGAGAUUGAAGGGCUGAUCAACAAUCAAGAACGAAAGAAUGCUAGUGUUCUUGAGUUGAAGCAAUUGUCCUGCCUUACUGCUCUAGAGAUACAUGUUGGUGAUCUCCAGAUUAUACCACAAGACUUGUUUUCAGAGAGGUUGAAAAGAUAUAAAAUACUUAUAGGAGAUGUGUGGGAUUGGAGCUGGUAUGCUACUCGUGGUGAAACCUCGAGAAUGAUGAAAAUCAAGCUCAACAACAGUAUUUCCUUGAUCCAUCGAGUCAAAAUUUUGUUGAAGAGAACUGAAGAACUCCAUUUAGAAUUGAAUGGUGUUAAAAAUGCUAUUGAUGAAUUUGAUGAGGAAGGUUUUGCACAAUUAAAGCAUCUUCAAGUACAAAAUGGUCAUGAGCUCUUAUGUGUUGUUAACGUUGUUCCUAGAAAAACUGUCUUCCCAAAGUUAGAGUCAUUGUUUCUUCAUAAUUUGAGUAAAUUAGAGAAGAUAUGUGAUGGCGAACUCUAUGCAGAGUCUUUCAGCAAACUAAGAAUUUUGAAAGUUGAAAAAUGUGAUAUGUUGGAGCAUCUCUUCUCGUUCUCAAAGCAUAAAAAGUUUUCGCAACUUCAAGAAAUUGAAGUCAUUGAUUGUAAGAAUCUAAAGGAGAUUUUUGGUGAAGGCAGUGUAGACUUAAUGGUUGAAAAUGAAAGGAAUAGUAAGUUUGAGUUCGCUCAAUUGCUUUCCCUAGUACUACAAUGCCUACCACAAUUCAUAAGUUUUGGCAUGAAGAUUGUAUUACCAAGAUUGGAGAACUUGAAACUGUCGUCAAUUAAAAUUGAGGACAUAUGGGUUGAUCAAACUCAAUCAAUGUCUCCCUCUUUUAAAUGCUUAAAAAGUUUAAUUGUGGAGGACUGUAAUGAUCUUAAAUUUUUGUUUUCAUCCUCUAUGGUCAAAAGUUUUAUGCAACUCCAGAGGCUUGUGAUAUGCAACUGUAAGUCAAUGGAAGUAGUGAUAUUGGACUCAGAAGUAUUAGAAGUACAAGAUAAGAUAAUUGAUAUGAGUUUUCCUAAAUUGUUUUACCUAAAGCUUGUGGGUCUUCCAAAACUCACAAGAUUUGGCACUGGAAAUUCAGUUGAAUUUCCCACCUUGAUUAAACUUCACAUUGAGAGUUGCUCUAAUUUGAAGACAUUCUUNCAUCCUCUAUAG